GAGGGGGUUCAGGCCGGGUCAUGAAGAGCCGCUCGGCCGGGCUGCCCCUUCCCUCCCUCCCGCCAGUGACGAUCCCUUGCUCCCCCCCUGUGCAUCCCUACCUCUGCUAAGCGGGCCCUUCUUGCCUGGCUGGAACUGGAAGGUAAUGGAGGCGGACGCAAAUCAAGCCAACUCGGUGCUCAGUGCAGACUCGCAGCACGAUCCCUGCAAAAUGUUCGUCGGGGGACUGAGCUGGCAGACCACACAAGAAGGUCUUAAGGAAUAUUUCUGUAAAUUUGGCGACGUAAAAGAAUGCAUGGUGAUGCGAGACCCUGUUACAAAACGGUCAAGAGGAUUCGGUUUUGUCACUUUUGUUGACCAAACGGGCGUAGAUAAAGUUCUAGCGCAACCGAGACAUGAACUAGAUUCGAAGACGAUUGAUCCUAAGGUGGCUUUUCCACGCAGAGCACAGCCAAAGAUGGUGACCAGAACAAAGAAGAUCUUUGUGGGAGGGUUGUCUGUGAACACCACAGUGGAGGAUGUCAAGCAAUAUUUCGACCAGUUUGGAAAGGUAGACGAUGCCAUGCUGAUGUUUGACAAGACAACCAAUCGACAUCGAGGCUUUGGUUUUGUGACCUUUGAGAGCGAGGAUAUCGUGGAGAAGGUCUGCGAGAUCCACUUCCAUGAAAUCAACAACAAGAUGGUGGAAUGUAAGAAAGCACAACCCAAGGAGGUGAUGUCACCAACCGGGACUGCCAGGGGACGUUCCCGAGUGAUGCCCUAUGGGAUGGAUGCCUUCAUGCUGGGAAUAGGCAUGUUGGGGUAUCCAGGUUUCCAGGCUGCUUCAUACGCGAGCCGUGGUUACACAGGCCUCGCGCCUGGUUACACCUACCAGUUUCCCGGUCCAUUACUGCUGCCUCCUGCCACCACGCUUCCCUCUUCAGCCGGCAGAGCGGGACAGUCUGGGGUACAGACCUCCCAGUGGGCACCAUCGAUGUUGCUCCAGGACUGGCCCACAGGAGCGAUCCCGCUCACCGCGUACGGACCAAUGGCAGCAGCCGCUGCAGCGGCUGUGGUUCGCGGGACAGGUUCUACCCCGACCCGCACCGGUGGUUUCCUGGGCACCACCAGCCCCGGCCCCAUGGCUGACCUGUACGGGGCCGCCAACCAGGACUCUGGCGUCAGCAGUUACAUCAGUGCGGCCAGCCCUGCACCAAGCACUGGAUUUGGUCACAGUCUCGGGGGUCCCUUGAUCGCCACGGCUUUCACAAACGGUUACCACUAAAGCAGGGGCCUGUGAAUCUGAAAAAGGAGGGCCUGGCCGGUGAGCACGCGGAGAGGAUGUGGGUUGUGAACCUCAGGCAGCUGUGAUCAUGUUACUGCACACAUAGACUUACUGUCAUUAACCCAUCUCCGACCACCCACCCCACCCCACCCCCAACCCAUCCCACCCACCCCACCCCCACCCCGCCCCACCCUGCCCCACCUCACCCCACCCCACCCCCACCCCACCCCACCUCACCCCACCCCACCAACUGAAGAAAACAUCUCACUCCUUCACUAACACUUAAAGUUUACGCUUCCUUGUUUCUCCUGAUUUUUUUUUUGUAAUUUAUUUUAUUUUAUUUUUUUUUUAGCUUAACGAUUGAUCAGUUUUAAGCCGUGUCUUUUUGUUGUUGUUGCUUAUUUGAAAGUGUUUAGAUGCAUUCUUUUGAAAAUGAGAGUUGUGUGAUUUAUUAGAACAUUUCGCUGAGGACAUUUUACUCGAUAUUUUUGACCAUUUUUUUUUGCCAGAUCUUGUUUUUAAACGAGUAAGAGCUAAAGAGGGUAAUGUAAAACACUCCAAAAGAAAAUGAAAUCUUGUCUAAAUACAAUUUAUUUUGAUAUUCUUUGUAAAUGUCAUCUAUUAACACUGAAUUCCAGUUAUCAUGGAACAAAAAAACAUCUGCAGGACAAAAAUGUAUAUUUUGGUAAAAAAAACACUAUGAAUCAUAAAAGUAUUUUUUUCUGAAAUUGGAUAAAACGUUUCUGUAAAAUAUGUAAAUAGAACAAGCUGGAUUUGUAUUUGCCUUCUGCACAAAAGGUUUUUUUUUGAGUACGGUAGUAUUUUUGAGAAAAGGUUAGCUUCCAGGUCCUUACACAGCCUGUAACUUAGCAAUAUUGUAGUUAACACCCAGCAGAUUUUGUAGUCGUUGUCGUUAAGGGGCUAAUUUACUGUAGAGAUGCUUUUUUAUUCUCUAACUUCUCAUAUAAAUGAAGGACAUUUGGUUAAAGAUAAUGAAAAUGACUGGUACCUCAAUGGGUCAUGAAGCUGCUAAAGAUUUAAAAAAUCCACAUGUAAACUACAUAUCUAUAAAGGUUGUGUAGGCCAGCCUGGACUCCACUUUCGACCCCGGUUUUGAGAAGGAAUGGUUGUUGCUAUAGCUACUGCUGUUUUACCUCAACUGGUCGAUUCCACAAAGCUUUCAACUCUCCCGGUUUAUUUUUUGAAACGGUAUCCUGUAGUGUUUGGACAUGGCUAGUUCUCGUUUUUUCAUUUCUUUGGAAACCGCCUGCACUUCCAGCUCAGUCGCAAUGGGCCUCGGUAACUGAUCGUGCGCCGGACGUGGAGGGGAAGCCGACGUGGUCUUGUCUCCGGCUGAGAGAGGAAAGGAGAUUGUUCUGCAAGGACUGGGAGCCAAGCCAAGCUGUGCUUCGCUCGCUGUGAGGCGAAGGGGCAAGCCCACUCGUGGGAUUGAAGCACUGCCCUCUUUUGUCAUCCCGGGCCCUCCCCUGCGCCGCAUUUCCCAGCGCCAAGCCCCUGGGGGUGAUGGAAGGCAUGGCAAGAAGGUAAAGCCCGAGUAAUUACCACAGCCCCGCUGGCAGCCAGUUUGAAAGGACAUGGGCUGAAAGUUUCCAGGAGCCUGGAUCCUCUAGGUCUUGCUGGAAGAGGGAUGGUCCUGUGAGCAGGAGCACGUGGAGAGCGAUGGCUAGAACCUUUUGUUUUAGAGGAGGAGAAAUGACGUUGAUCCAACAGGAGGCUUCUCCUUAUCUGCAAGGGUUAACAUGUUUAAUAUAUGACAUAUUCACAGAUGGAACUUGUUACCUUGAACUAUUGUAAAAUACUUUUUUAAUUAAUGUGUUUUAGAGAGAGAAUGAAAGGUCCAGGGGCAGAUUUUUUUUUAAAAAGGUUAAGGCCAGUUUAGUGCUUACAGUGAAAAGAAAAGAAAACAGAAAUCUGUUUUUUUUAAAAAAAAAAGGAAAAUGUGAGCGCAUUAAAUGCUGCAAUUCUCUGUUGGUUUAUUCCAGGAUCAUUUCUUGUCCUGAGUCAGUGGAGAGGCUGACCGAUCUGUGGAGACUUGCUAGCUUUGCUCUUGAUUUUUAAUCAAUAAACACUACUGGAAAUGCAAACACUUUGUUUGUAACAGCAAUAAAUGCUAUUUGUGAAAAUGCAUCCGGGGAGCACAUUUUUUUCUGAUUUCUAUUUUUCUCUUCUAGAUGAAGUGGUGUUUGGUAAAUAAUGUCUUGCUCCCCGAUGCAUUCUACUGCCAGGCAGAAGUUUUCGCUUUUUAAUCCUUUUUACGUUUGUCUAUUUUUUUUUGCCAGUAAGUUAUUGCAAUUUGAGAAAUGUCAUCUCUGGCUCUGUAACCCUUUUUCAGAUUUCAUUUAAAAUUCCUA